AAAAAAAGCAAGCUGAUUCGUGACCUCAGAAGGACUGGACCAGGAUGAGCACGGCCCCGGAUUCAGCUGAAGAGCUGACGGCAUUGCGGCCCUCCCAUGACCCGCAUGAGCGUCCAACCAGCGGCAAGGGCAAGCCCCCAGCGCAUCCACCGCCCUCGGCCAAGGCGAAGCGGCGAGAGGAAAGGCGUUCGAGCCUGCCGGGCAUGCAGGCGGCCAAGGCGGGAGACGUCUACGAGUUCGACGCCGCCACGCUGCCCGACACGGCCCCCUGUGUGGUGUGCGGCCAGCCGGCUGACGAUGUCUGCUCCACGUGCAAGACGACCUUCUAGUAAGUGACGGGACACGCGGACGAGCAGAGAAGCCCUGGUGGACAGGACAGGAUUGCCUGCUUUGUCAAAUGGUCUGCUGUUUGUUUGUGUGUUCAGCUGCUCCCCCGAGUGCCAGAUGAAGGACUGGCCCAAUCACAAGAAGAUCUGCAAGCCGGUCAGGCAGAUCAAGAAGGCACCGGACAAGGCAGAAGAGCCGACACAGCCGACGGCAGAGCAGCCUCCCACUGUGAGCGAGGAGAGGGAGAGACCGGUCACUCCUAUUUCUCCUUCCUCGCCCUUGCCGCCAGCACCGCAACAGCAGCCAACACAGGCAUGGCUCCCUCCCCCCUUCCAGCACCCCACUCAAGCCGCACCGAAGGAGCCGCCCGAGAGGCGAUACGCCCCCACGCCCUUCGUCGGUUCAGGGUGUAGCGAGGGAUGCAGCCGUCAGGCUGCAGACCCACACACCGUCAUCUACCCUGUCAAGCAGCAGCAGCCACAGCUACAGCCACAGCCACAGCAGCAGCCGGCAGCAGAGGCGGCACCAGCCCAGGAUGAGAGGGGAGGGGUCUUUGGGACUUGUUCGGUGUGUCGUCGGCCGGCCGACAAGGUCUGUGGUCGGUGUGAGAGCGUCGUGUACUGCUCCGCCAGCUGCCAGAAGAAGGACUGGCUCAGCCACCGCAGGCACUGCGAGCGACUCAGACGGAGGCUGAGGCACUCCACCGGCCCCGGGCCGCUGGGCGAACCCUCAUCCGCCACACCAGACGAGGAUGAUUCCGACGGCCAAGGCAUACGCAGGGCAUUCCGCGCCCCGUCGUCUCGCCGCAUCCCCGCUGCCCGAUGCAUCGUGUGCGGUCGGCACGCAACCACUCUCUGCGGCGGAUGCCGCGCGGUGUCCUACUGCGGCCCGACAUGCGAGAAGGAGCACUGGCUGACGCACCGGCAGGUGUGUCGGGGGUUGCAGGCGCCCCCUCCCUCCCUGCGCCGCACACAAGACUACCCAUCCGACGACACAGAUGGUGGGGCUGGGGCCGGGCCGCCACCGACGGCCGAGCGGCAGGUGGCAGAGGGCCAGGGCGGUGUGUGUGGGUGGUGCGGACGGCCUGCUCGGCGGCUGUGUGGAGGUUGUGAGAGGGAGGUGUACUGUUCCCUCGAGUGCCAAUCCCACGACUGGCCGCACCACCGCAUCUUCUGCUCCAAGAAACGGCCGUCGAAGCGCAGACCGUCGGAGGGGCGGAUGGGCGUGGCAGUGAUGCCCUCUGCCUGCGGGCCGUGUGCCCACUGCGGACGGCUGUGCGACCACUUGUGUGGCGGGUGCAAGGCCGUCUUCUACUGCUCCAAGGAGUGCCAGCACCGAGACUGGGCCACGCACCGGGCUGUCUGCUCACAAGUGCCCAGGAGGACUGUUGAGCGGCCGACACAGCAGCCAAUGGACGUACCUCUGACCUUCCCGAGGUCACGCAACGACCCUGAGGGCAUGGAGUGGUGUCGCGUGUGUGAUCGGCCGGCGGAGCUCGUGUGUCCGUUCUGCCAGCGGGUCUUCUACUGCUCCCCCUGGUGUCAGCACUUGGACCGCCCAAGACACCAGCACGAGUGCUUCCCAUCGCUGUCGCCCCAGCGACCCCCACCGAUCCCCUUUCUCCCCUACCCUUCGCAGCAGAGGUCCCCACCGUUUCCCUCUGCCUGGUCGUCAUAUGGCGGCAUUCGGUCGCCAGCCCGGCCCCCAUCUCCGUCGGCGGGCACUGACCUGGCCUCGAUGGACCGGCCACCAUCACCGCCAAUCAUGCGGCCCCAUCGUAACAGCAACGGCCUGCAGGUCGGGGCGUGCCUACGCGUCCAUCUCUAUGUAUUUGUGGUUAUUGCCAUUCCGUAUACAUCUACAAUUGGUUGGCCUGCCUGUGGUUUGUCUGUCUGUCUGUCUGUCUGUCUGUCAGGGUGAUAAGCACUGGACAGGACCCCCUCUCAGCUCGCCGCCGGCUGUGUGGGACCAUCGCGAUGACGAACAGUGACAAAAGGAUUGUGUCCUUGUUGCUGCAUCCAUGUGUGUGUGGGUGGAUGGGAACUCGUUAUCUUGGGCUCUGACGAGGUGCUUUGUUUCGACUUUGAGACGUAUUUGUGGGUGGGUGGGUGGAUGAGUCAGUCGAGGCUUUCGUGUCUGUCGCGUUUUGCAUGACACCACGCCCUGCCUGCGUCCAGGCCAGGCGGAUGUGAUGAUGUGUGUGUAUUGAUUGACCAAUGUUGGUUGACAAAUCAUGAUUCACUCGACGAUAUGAUGCAUCAGUCGG